AUUUGGCAAACUACCUACUACUAAAUAUGGCAGGGGAGGUACUGACUCAAAUAGAUCAAAUGGUGAAUUAAUCAAAGCAGAAAUGAAAAGAAGUGGAUGGAUAGUUAUUUGUCUUAGUGGAAGACAUCGGAUUGGACGUGCAGACAUGGAACCGAAUUUCCUGAACUGGAACAAAUUCCGCGUGUACCGGUUUCAUUGA